AGGAUGUGCGCGCGCGCGCGAUGGCUGAGGCGCGCGCUCUCUGGCGCAAUUAACGUGACAGGACAGUUCUUAAUAUACUACAGUACUUCCGGUGUUUGUGGAGUCUUUCCUCAUUAACCGGAUCCUUUUACAAAAUCCCUGUAAUGUAAAUACACGUAAUUAAUUAUAGCCCAAUAACCAUAGACAUGGAUCUGAAAUGGUCCAUUCUGCAUAAUGAGUACUUUUGGUACUUUUAAUAUAGAAAAAAAUGAAUAUCACAUAUCAAUAAUAUCGGUAACAUGACCAUUGGUACAGCUGAAUUCCUUUUGCUUUUACUAAAGUAAGAUUUUGAAUGCAGUCUAUGUGCCCUGUCCUCACUUUUGGUAUUUUUUAAGCUUUGUGAUCUUGAUUUUAAAUGUUGGGGAUGUUCCGGGUGAACUGUAAGUACGAGAUGCUCUACAAGAAAGGAGAAGAAACAACUGCCAUGGCAUCCAUGGCAUCCAACGCAUGGGUUAUAAACCCCUUUCCAAUGACAGAUACCUAUAAGUGUUUAUACUCCUCUCAGAUGAAGCAAUACACAGGCACUAAACAAACCUUCAGGGACUCGUUAUUGUAUCACCUUACCCUCCCUCCCCACACUGAAAAAUCAAUACCAGCGCAACCCAAAUGUCUGCACAGCACCGUUUAUUGUUCUUCCCCUACACCGAGCGCCGCUUCUCUUAAAACUUUGGAUAUCUUUGUAAUAACAGAGGAGCUGUUUUGAUGUGACAUCUGAAUUAAACUGGUCGUUUGGAAGGCUGAUUUCUGGUAACUUGAUGUCUCUCAUUUGGCUCACUCUGUUGCUCUCAGCAGCUCACCUGGCUGAAUGUGUGCCGGAAAAGCAGAAAAGAUCGGCUCUGAACCAGCUGACCAGGACCCUCCUCAGGAAAUAUGACUGCGGGGUUCGACCUGUCCACAACUGGACCAGUCCGACCGUUAUAUACAUAGACCUCAUACUGCAGUCCGUCCUUGAUGUGGACGGAAAGACUCAGAGCAUAACCACAAGCAUUUGGUACAGACAGAUCUGGACAGAUGAGUUCCUGGUUUGGGACCCGGAGGAGUUUGACGGUAUAAAUGAGAUCUCACUGUCAUCCGACGCCAUCUGGAUUCCUGACGUUAUUGUUAGUGAAUUUGUGGACGAGGGGAAGUCCCUACCGAUCCCCUAUGUGUACGUGAACUCCUCUGGCUCGGUCAAGUACUACCGACCCAUGCAGGUGGUGCUGGCCUGCAGCCUGGAGAUGUACGCCUUUCCAUUUGACAAGCAAAACUGCAGCCUCACCUUCCGCAGCUGGCUGCACUCAGUGAAGGAAAUAGACCUGGCGCUGUGGAGGAGUGCAGAGGCCAUCGCUAAUGAUAAGAGGGAGUUUAUGAACGACGGAGAAUGGGAACUGUUGUCCAUCCCUUCAAGCUACUGGCAAAUCCGCCAAGACGACACCAGCUACGCCCACAUCCAGUUCAAUGUGUUGAUCCGCCGGCGCCCCCUGCUGUACGUGGUGGGCCUCCUCAUCCCCAGCAUCUUCCUCAUGCUGGUGGACGUGACCAGCUUCUACCUGCCUCUGAGCAGCGGCACGCGCAUCGCCUUCAAGAUCAGCAUCCUGCUGGGCUACACCCUCUUCCGGGUCAACCUGACGGACGAACUGCCCGCCACAGCGGUCAAUACUCCACUCAUCGGUGUGUUCUUCGCUGUGUGCAUGGCGAUGCUGAUGCUCAGCCUGAUCAAGUCUAUUCUGGUGGUGAAGCUGCUCCACCACAGUGAGAAGGAGGCCAGGCAAAUGUCGGUGUCGGCCUGCCUGCUGGACAAGUACGGCUCAGCCGCUCACAGCUUCACAGAGAGCGCUCUGACCUCCGUCAGGACGCUCGAUCGCAUCAACGGAGCAGAUUAUGAGUUUGACGCCUCGCUGGAGGAAGAUCUGCUGUCCCUGAAUGAGAUCCCGGAGGUUCCAUCUGGGCUGGAGUGGCUUCUGCAGGAGCUGGUUUCCCUCCACCUGGCCUUCUCCCAGGAGGACAGCGAGUCUUCCGCUCAGGCCGAGUGGCUGGCCCUUUGCUCCAAGCUCGACUGCUUCCUGUUCCGCUUCUACCUGUUGGUCCUGGCCUCGUACGCCGCCACGCUGCUGAUGCUCUGGGCCAGCUGGAGCUUCGCCUGACCGCGUUGUCAAGGACUUAAUGAUACUGGGAAGGAACUUUUUGUUUAUGAUGUUCGUUUUUUCUGUUUCAAUGCAAAGACAGGGAUGCAGAAUCAUUAUUGCGGACGAGUGUAUUUAAAAUCUGCUUCAAAAAGAGAAAUGUUUUAUUUCGACAAAAGUUAUUGAUUAGAGUAGGAUACACUUUAUACUAUGUGACAAUAUUUAACCAUGCUGUUAAAAUAGACUGCAUCAUUUCAAUGAACCUCUUACCUUUGUGGGGUUUUCUUCUCAUGUCAUUGAACAUUCACAUCUGAUGAUUAAGUAUGAAAUCCACCUUUAAACUCAAUUGAAUGCGUACACAAGAUCAUUUUGGUUAUCAGUUAAGGGUUUGAUUUAUCGUUUAUUUUUUAUCUAUAUCCCCGUUCCCAAAUCUCAGCGGAGAUCCUUUUACCUACGCUGCCUGCCCAACCUCCACAUUACAGAUAUUACAUUGCCACCGUAGAGCAGCAGUACAGUUCGAGAUCGUUUCGCAUCUGUUAUCAUGAAUUCUCGACAGUGAAGAUUGACUCAGAGAUAACGCAUAAUGAAGCAGCUCUCUGGGGAAAAACCUCAGUGCCCGUGUGAUGUGAUGAUACUGUAUUCACACUUUAAUCUCCAUCCCACUGCCGCAAAAUAGAUCAAUAAAACCCAUCCAGAGCUCAGCUGCCGCUUCUCCGUUCCCUGUUGGUUUCCUAAUAGUCAUGAACAGAAUAUCAAAAGGGCGUCACAGCAAACUUUCCAGUGGAAAGAUCUAUAAUAACGCAAUUUUCAGUGUCUGCAGAUCUCUUCUUCCAGUGGAUCUGGUUACACGAUGUUGGGCAACUAAGCCGAAGAUGCAUGUUUAGUUAGGACUUUGCUCCUGUCUGUAUGAGGUAACAUAUGUCUUUAUUUGGGGUUCAAAAGCUUGCUGUGAGUAUGAGUGUCUCACAAGAGGGAUCUGCUUUCUCCAAAUAAAAGAAAAUCCCAUAAAUGUAUUUGUGUGAAGUGAAGUGAAAAUAAAAGCCUGAAACCAA